CUCUUUCAGAUCUGCUCUUUUUCUGCCUUUUAAUUUGAUUUUCCUGCUGCCUGCUUUUUCUCUUCUCAUGGAUGUUGCUUUCGCUUAAGGAUGCGGAUUUUCUUGUUAGUUCGAGCUCGUUAUUGCGAGAAUGUGCAGAUCGAUUGGAUCGGACUUUCCUUUUGUUUUUCCUUCUGUUUUUAGCUUCGUUUUGGUGAAUAAUGAUUUUCUCUCUGUUGCGAUUUGGCUUGCGUUUUAACAAUUUGUUGAGGACGUGGAGAUGUAUUCUGUGUUUAAUUUGCUGGUUGAAUGUAGACUAUAGAGCGAUGUUUAUGGAUUUGGAGAGGAUUUUGUGUUGGUGCUAAAUUUCAUAGCACAGAGGAAGAUUAGUGCUCUUGACCAUGGUUCUUGACAGCAUUCUAGCUUCUCCCCAUAGGAGGUCCCCAUCAUUCAGAAAGCAGUUUCCUGCCAAUGAGUUGGGCAGUUGGUCCACUCUUUUCAAGCGGCAUCGCUUCCUCUUAACCGCGUUGGCACUCUUGACUUUCCUUUGCACAAUCUAUCUUUACUUUGCUGUCACUUUAGGGGCUACCGCAUCGUCUUGUUCGGGUUUGACUGGAGUUCAAAGAGAAUUGUGUCGUCUGGAGCAUGCUAAAGCGUCUCUGACCAAAGGCAAAUUAAAAUUUCAAUGAUACGCGGGGACUUCAAGGUACAAAACCUUCUCAUGUUUUGGUUCUUCUCUUUGGUGGGAUUUGUAUUUAUAAAAGAAAAUUGAAGAUUAUUAUAGAUCAAAAGUUCAUUCAUCCAUUUUGAUUUAUACAUAUAACUUAUAAGAUGUAGCAGAUUGUUUUUAACAUUGCUUCCUUGCAAUUAAUUUGUUGUUUUUCUCUC